GUUGCAGUCCUUGUAGAAGAUACAUCAGAAAUAACUUAAAGUUUGCAUCUUUUGAAAACAAUAUUAUAAAAAAUGAAAUCGACCAUUGCUAAGUUUGUCUUCAUAAUCAUCACCUUCAUUUGUUGGUCUACAUUAACAAGAGCAAACUACUUUACCAUAGAAAAUUAUAUGGAUCAAUCGCUUCAAUCUUUAUGUAAUGAUAAUGUGUCUCUAAACUUCUCGAAUGCAGUGAUCUCUGAAAUCAAUCAGAAUUUCAUCAGCAGCCCUGUGAUUACCUGCCUCAAUCUCAUGGACAAUAGUAUUGAGAAAAUUGAAAAAGUGAACAGCGAAAAUAAACUAAAUCUUAACUUUGGAAGUCAUGAUAAGUUACAAAUGCUUAUUAUAAAUAAUGUAAACAGAUACAGCUAUUCUAGACAUACAUUCUUUCAACAAAACAGAUUUUCCAUACAGAUUUUCGAUGAAUAUCCUAACUUAGAAAUUUUGUCUCUACGUGAAAAUUAUGCCGUCGAUUUAAAGUUUGUACAAGAAACUCCAGGAUACCGUUUUGGUUAUACGACGCCAAGGAGUUCACAAAACUGGAUGCCAUUCCCCAAGUUAAAGAUCUUAGAUCUCUCCGGAAACAUCAUAACAACUACCAGUUUUAUACGACUACUGUCGAACAGCUUAUACUUUCUUGAUCUUCAUAACAAUUCGCUUAGUAACUUAAAUUUAAACAGAAAAGGAAACAAAUUGUUCGCACUGAAUUUGGAUGAAAAUAAGUUUAACAAUAUUCGACACUACGGGAACAGUUUAUCGAUGAUUGGUCUGAAGAAUCUACACUAUCUUUCUGUUUCUGGAAACAACAUUAAUACUAUCGAAUCAGAUGCUUUUCAAGACAAUAACGAAUUGCUUUUUUUGAAUUUAUCCUCAAAUCACAUACAUGAUCUAUAUUCAACAACAUUUGAAAAUUUGCAAUAUUUAGAAACACUGGAUCUAAGUAUCAACCAACUCGAGAAUGUUCCGCAACUCUCAAAUGAAACAGAAAUUAGCACUUUAUACAUUAAUAGCAACAACAUAAAGAAAAUAAUCUCGCAUACUUUCGUGCGUAUGCCGAAAUUGAUGAAAUUGUUAAUGAGAGAAAAUCAGAUUGACGAAAUUGAUGUUAAUGCGUUCGCACAUCUUAAUCUCCUAAAAGAAUUAGAUUUGUCAGGAAAUAUGUUAAGUUCUUUACCGAAAGGGUGGACGGAAUCCCUUGUAUCUUUAAAAUAUUUGGGUUUAAGUGAAAAUAAAUUCACUUCGCUGGAGUCUUUGUCACUAACGAAUACGUGGCCAUCGAUAGAUGUAUUAUAUUUAAUGAAAAAUCCAUUAGAAUGUCUGAAUGUUAAAUAUUUUGAGAAUUUACCGCAAAAUCUUGUUAUUGACUUGAUAAAUAAUUCAAAUUUUACAAAAAAAUGGAUACAAGAUACGAGUACACCAAAUACACUGAUGGAAGAUAUUGAAAUUUAACGCGUUUCAUAAGUCCCGUAUGUCCAAUCAAAUUUAUGUGU